GGCUGUGGGGGAUGUCGAUUGCGAAUGACGGUGGACCGCUGCGAGGGCAGAGCAAAAUUACUGCACCGCACUGCACUGCACAUCGCAGCACAGCACAUCGCAGUACAGUAAAUAAGCAUCGCACAGCAAAUCCCCGGCCUAGCUUAACCAAGAAAGAGUACAAUGACAUGAAAUUUGACUGGGCGGGCGCUUGCGAAUCGCCAGUCAGCGCAGACCAUCAAAGUCAUUGACAGCGAACCCACUCCAUAUAAGUGACUGAGUCUAUUACUCUAGUAUCCAAGACUCUAGAUCGAACGCCGCCGACAUGGACCAUCCGAGUGCGCACGACGGCUCGUCCGUCGCCGGCUCUGACACGUCUGGCAAGCUGAGGCUGCCAGCGAGCUGCGAUCCUCAACAGCCCGGCGCCCCGAGAAAACAGCUGGUCUGGAUUGUCUUUGGCGGCACUGGCCACAUGGGUCGCUCGCUGGUCAAGAGUGCGCUCAGCCACGGCGACCUCGUCACCACAGUCGGCAGGCUGUUCGAGUCGACGCCCGAGUCCAUGGUGCAGCAGAACGAGAGCUGCUUCGGCCUUCUCUGCGACGUGCGCGACGGCCCCUCGGUGGCCCGGGUUGUCGACAAGACGCUCGAGCACUUUGGGCGCGUCGACUGCAUCGCCAACUGCUCGGGCUACGGCGUCAUCGGCGCUUGCGAGGACCAGGACGAGCACGAGAUCCGCAACCAGUUCGAGACCAACUUCAUGGGCACCCUGCACAUCAUCAACGCCAGCCUGCCCUACUUCCGCCAGCAGAGCGCUGGCCGCUAUCUCAUCUUCAGCUCCACCUCGGGCGCCCUGGGCGUGCCCGGGCUCGGCCCCUACUGUGCGACCAAGUACGCCGUCGAGGGCCUGGUCGAGGCCAUGCUGUACGAGGUCGACUCGUUCAACGUUAAGGCGACGCUGGUCGAGCCCGGCCUGGUGCGCCGCGACGAGCCCGACUCAAAGACGGACCCGCUCCCGACCUGGGGCCACUUCCUGAUCAAGCCCGCGAGCGAGCCCUACGCGCACUCAACCUCGCCCGCCCUGCAUGCGAAGCGCAUGGUGCAGUGGCUAGGCGACCGCCAGCCCACGAGCGCCAUCAAAUGCGCCGAGCUCGUGUGGCAGCUGGGACACUGCUCUUACCCGCCGCUGCGCCUGCUGCUGGGGAGCUACGCCAUCGAGAGCAUCCGCGACCGGCUGCGGUCCGUCACGGAGGAGCUCGAGGACUGGAAGCAUCUCAACUUCCCUGUCGCGUCCGACGCCCUGGGCGGCGAGCGGGGCGACAAGACGGACAGGGAUGAAGGGGAUGAAGACGAAGGGGGAGAUAGGGAUGAAAGGGAUGAAAGGCACGAGGGCGAGGAAAGGGAUGAAAUGGGCGAGGGGGACGGAACAGACGAAAGAGACCAGAGAGAUGAAGACGACGACAGGCGCGACAAGGACGACCAAGAUAUGGUGGAUUUGACGAGCCCGGGCGCCAAAGAGGCGGGGGACAAGUAGCGACGGGUCUGAAAUGAUGCAUCCAUGCCCGGUUACCGGUACUAUAUCUACUGCAACGGCUGAAUGAUGCUCCUUAUGACGUAGCUCUGUUUUUGUUGUCUAUGAAGGUUCAACGGACUUGAUUGGAGACAGUCCUACUAUGUACAGAGUUCUGAGUGGGGGUCAAUUGUAUAACGGUUCUGUAGGUCAAUCUCCAUAGCAAAAUGUUUGAAGUGUUAUGUUCCAUGUUUCC